AUGGCAAGUGGGAAAUUCUGCUUUGCCAGGAGUGGUUGGAGGGUGGGGGCACUGGUGGCUCUGUGCCUGCUGCAGCAGGCUCCAGGUCAUGUCCAACUUCUCCCUCCUCAAAACGUGACCCUGCUGUCAAAGGAUUUUGCCAUGAUCUUGACCUGGGCUCCAGGGGAAGGCUCUCCCCCAGAUGUGACCUACACUGUGAGAUAUGAAAGCCAGGAUCGUCUGGAUAAAUGGAUGAAGGUUCCUGACUGCAAAAACAUCCCCAGGCCCUUCUGCAACCUGACCUGUGUCCUGCCCAACCUCUACGUUAAAGUUCGGGCUCGGGUGAAAGCGCUCUGGGGUCGCUCGCAGUCGCCCUGGGUGAAAUCCCAGUUCAAGGAUUACUACUCAGAUGUGGAACUGGCUCCCCCCAGGCUGAGCCUGAGCAUCAGGGAUGAUUCCAUCCACGUCAGAGCCUCCUUCCCUCUGCCCACCUGCGUGGAGAACCUCACCUGGAAGUACGACCUGACCCUCUGGGAAGCAGGAUCUGAACACAAGAAGAAAUAUGAAGGUUACUUCAGGAAGGAGACGGUGACCAUCAACACCACUGCUCUCAGAGGCAAUUACUGCUUCAGUGCCAGGGCUCUCUAUGAAAGCAUCAGCCUGAAGCACAGUGAAUUCUCCCAGCCUGUGUGUGUGCUGUUAAACCACAAAGGUAUGCUGUGGACUGAAGUUCCAAUUCUGGCUGUGAUCCUGCUGUCUGUCCUCUCCAUCUCUGUGGGCAGCCCCUUCCUCUGCUGCCUGGUGAAACACGAGGCCAGGCAAAGGAAGAUGCCUCAGGUUUUGGAUUUCUCUCAAUUUAAAGCUGCUGGACCAACCUUGCUCUGGGAGCUCAGUGAAAAGGAAUUGUGCAUUGAUGAGCUGAAGUGCACAGAGAGGGCAGUGCCUCAAAGGAGGACAAACAGAGCUUCAGGAGGACACCUGCCAUGGAUGGCUUCUUUCCCAUCAUCAUCAUCACUGUCAGAGGAGGAGGAUGAGGAUGAGGAUGAAGAGGACAGCAGCAAUUUCAUCCCAUACCACAAAACACCAAAGAGACAUCUCAGCUGUCAGGCAGCCCCAGCAGCUCUGGGGGAAAGCAGCUUGGGGUCAGGACCUGGAUCUGUGGACAGAGGGGCUGGGCUUGACCUCAGAGCCCUGGGAUUGCCCCUCUUGGCACAGAGGCAGGGUCAGGAGGACAGCUCAGGGUCCCAGGAGGAGACAGCCCUGUAUCUCUGCCCCUCCUUGGGCAGGAUAUCCCUCACUGAUGUGAGAUUCCCAGGAGCCAGCGAGCAGGGGCUGAUGGAAACAGAGAUCCAUGGAAACGUGGAUGGUGAGAACAGGGAGGGGAGGCUGGGAAUGAGCCCCCUGCAGCCCCUGCUGGGGGGGAUCUGUGCUGAACCCCAGCACCACCCGCGCAGGAAGGCUCCUCAUCUCUCCAGGGAUUACCAGAAAUCCAUCAGGGAUUACCAGAAAUCCAUCAGGGAUUACCAGAAACCCAUCAGGGACCACCAGAAAUCCCUCAUGGAUCUGCAGCUCCACCUGGGCUCCACACCCCAGCCCAGGGAGGAGCCCAGCAGGCCCCUGCUCAUCCCCCUGUGGAGCCUGCAGGUGGCAGAGGAUGAGGGCAUUGCCAGUGACUGUGACAGUGACAGUUUGACAGAAGGGACACCACCCGAGCCCACAGUGCUGAGUGAUGAUUUUGAGACAUCAAAUACCGAGGAAAAAUAUCACCCAAAGGUGCAAUUCUCAGGCUAUGAGCACUCACAUUACUUGGGAAGGAUCUAAAGCACCCAGCAGGUCUGGGGAGUGCCUGGAAAAUGCUGGAGAGCUCCAGAUCCAAGCAAGGAUCCUUGAACAAGGACAAAAAACUGAUGGCUGGUCUAUCAAUGGCUUUAGGGACACAAAAAGUGCAUUUGACUGCUAAGUCACCUCUGCACUGUCACUGGUAAGGUGGCCAGGCUGUGGCACAGCCAGGGACAUCUCUGAGGGAGCACCCAGCAAACAGGCACUGCCUGGGGGUCACCUGAGAUUCCAGAACCAGGGAACUGCUGCAUGGGGGCUGUGAAAGGCAAAAGCACAACUCAGCCCUGGGUGGGACCAGGAAAAUGCAAUUUUGUGCCUGCAGGUGGAUUUGGAGCAGAUUUG